CACUGUCGCAUGGCUCAGCGGAGUUCAGCGCGGCCGGACCUCUUCAGAGUCAGACAGGAGAGUUACUGCAAUAUGUUGCGGUUAAGAUGCCUCUAUAAGCAUGCUGCCAAGCACACAACAACAGCUGACCCGCUAAAUGCUAUAUUGGCUAGGCUAACACCGUCAACUCUGUCUGGUGAGUAUCAACCUCACAUCGAAAGCUGGCUGUUCUUUGUGUAAAGCUAACAGUAAGAGUCAAAUAGUAAACGGAAGUAUUGGCACAAAAGAUGCCUUUUUGAGCAUCGAACGAAUUUGAUCAUAUAUUUUCUGUAACAGGGUUUCGCUUACAGAAAUGGCAACAACAGGAAAAAGAUCCCGUCAACAACGACAAUUAAAAUACAAUUGAUUAAUACGACAUUAUCAUUAAUAUUAUUGUAAACAAUAAUAACACAUAUUAUUAUGGUUAUUAUUAUUAUUAUUAUUAUUAUUAUUAUUAUUAUUAUUAUUAUUAUAACUACUACAACAAAAAGAAUAAAAGCGUGUUAGAGUGAAUUCCAUGUUUGUCUCCCUCCUUUGGGGAUUAAACUUAAAUAUUCUAACAUUUAGUUUAAUGCAGUUAUUGUAGUUGUGAUGCCAGCCUAACAUUGGACAUCCAAGCAAAGUCUGGCACAGACUUUGUGUUAAAUAACCUUAGUGAGAAAUUUCGGGCAAUACAAGGUGAGCUUCUUACAUUUGUGCAAAUAUCUAUUUCUGCACAUUCUGGCGGAGACUAAAUAUGUGCUUUUAAUUUGAAGGACGCAGGAAGCUUAAGAACUAAGUACGGCCAACGAGACAGUCUGUCUUCGCUUAGCUAACAACAAAUCUAGAAGCCUAACUUCAAUUUAGGGGGAAGAUUUCCUUUAAUGUACAUUCAUAUAGAGCCUUUACCGCUAUCUUCGGCAAACAAUCAAACGCCACAUGCGUAAUGUCCAAAUGCACAUGAUGGUUGUUGGACAGUGGACGUGUCAGGUGCUAAAAUAAUUAGCUCCCGAUUUAGCCUAAGUUAGCCUAAAGCUAGCACCAGAUUGUCCCACCACAGAACACUUCCCUCUUACCUCCCGCUGCCGUGGAGGAAUAGCAGCAGCCGACCGGAGGAAAGAGGAAAACAGAAAAGGAACUGCCGAGAAGGUCGCAGUCCACCCGGCCCCACGACAGAAAGUUACUCCUUGGUACCGAGAUGACAGCAGAGUAACUAGCAGAGGGUGGAUGAUGCAGGAUCAUAUAUUUCCGCUAUGCAGUGGGAAAAUGCGAGUGUAUGCAAAUGUUCGGAGUUUGUGUCAAUCUCGACUCAAUGUAUGAACCCACGCUCUAUAGCACUGUCAGCAAGAAUCAGCAGCAAUACGAUAAUAAUGCCCUGUUAUUUCCAUUAUAGCUGAUGCAUUAUGAGUGACAAAUCUGUAUUUAGACAUCUGCGUGUCCAAAAAUGAAAGUUGAGUAACCUUCAACUUAAUGGCGUUAAACCCAGACAUUUAUGAGCAAAUUCAUGAAAUCAGAAAGCCAAGAGUUUUGCUUGUAUGGAAUUUUCAUGGACAAAAAGACUGACUUUUUGGUGAACACUAUUUCAAUAUACAGGUAGUAUGAUACACACAAAUCUAAGUAGGCUAUUUGAUAAUAACAUCCAAGAUCUGUGUGUUUCUCAAUUAGUUUCUUUCUCAUAUUACACAUUAAAGUCACAGAACAUAUGAAUGCAAAGAACCUUUUUCAGUGUUGUACAAUUUACAAUAAAAGCUCCAAUUCUUUAAGCUAUUUAUUUUAUUGUUCAUAUUAUGUAUUUUGUCUGUGACAUUAUCUAUCUUUACUGUCUUAAUUUUUUGUAUCUGUGCCUAGAACAUGUUCAUAAUGCAAAUGGUAUGUAGUAUGUACAUUAUUGAUUAAAAAAGAAGAAGAAAGAAAAAAGCCUUGGACUGGUAAACACAGUUUUAUUUUUUAUUUUCAGGUGAUGGGCCAGCCUGUUGGCUACCGCUGUGUUCUACAAAACCCAAUUCCAUUGAAGUUGGGAAAUUAUGAGAAACGUACAUAAAAACAGAAUACAAUGAUUUGCAAAUCCUUUUCAACCUAUAUUCAAUUGAAUACACUACAAAGACAAGAUAUUUCAUGUUCAAACUCAAAAACUUUUUUUUUGUGCAAAUACUAAAUAACUCAGAAAUUUAUGGCUGCAACACGUGCCAAAGUAGUUGGGACAGGGGCAUGUUUACCACUGUGUUACAUCACCUUUCCUUUUAACAACACUCAAUAAACAUUUGGGAACUGAGGAGACUGAGGUCGCUUUCACACCUGACCAAGCGGACUCGGUUCGAUUGGGGAGCUGAAAGUCGCAACAUUGUUGCAUUUAUCACUUGUUUCAGUUCUGCUUUCACACUUUCGCACCAAACUUUCUGAGCAGCAUCAUAGGGUUGAAAGGGGCGCUCGUCGAUUGGACAAAAUAGGAGGGGUAUGUAACCUCACGUAUUACAAACAGGGGUGGACUAGCCGUCUUGUAUCGUGCUUCGUCACAUUAUUUCAUGGAGUGCUACAACGUUAGUGAACGCAACUGUUCCUAUAAUGCUAUUGUAGCUUGUCAGGGAUUGAUCCUGUUAUUUUUCUUUGACGAUCUAACAUGGGACAACAUAUGAGCUCAGAGUUUAAGGACUGUGACUGUUGGUAGUUGUGAUUUUAUUUUGUUUAAAUAUGCCAAAUUGUGAAUUUAUGGGUUAUUGUUGCUCAGACAGCUGAGCUAAGCUAGCAAGCAACUGCUAGUGUCAGCGGUCACGUGUUGCCAUAGCAACAAGUGACGCCGUGCUUCCUCUACCCAAGAUGCACUGCGUAUAGCGUCAUUACGUACAUUUGGUCCUGUAUUUGGUCUGUUGAGCUUUCACACUGCAUACAAACCGAACCAGAGUUCGCUUGUUUGGUCCGCACCAGAGUUUGGAUGAGCCUUCACACCUGCCCAAACAAGGCGGGGAAGCGAACUCUGGUCCGUUUAAAGCGGACCAAACAGCUCUGGUGUGAAAGCGACCUAAUUGUUGAAGCUUUGAAGGUGGAAUUCUUUCCCAUUCUUGCUUGAUGUACAGCUUCAGUUUUUCAACAGUCCCGGGUCUCCGUUGUCGUAUACGCUUCAUAAUGCGCCACACAAUUUCAAUGGGAGACAGGUCUGGACUGCAGGCAGGCCAGUCGAGUACCCGCACUCCCUUACUACGAAGCCACGCUGUUCUAACACAUGCAGAAUGUGGCUUGGCAUUGUCUUGCUGAAAUAAGCAGGGGCGUCCAUGAAAAAGAUGUUGCUUGGAUGGCAGCAUAUGUUGCUCCAAAACCUCUAUGUACCUUUCAGCAUUAAUGUUGCCUUCACAGAUGUGUAAGUUACCCAUGCCUUGGGCACUAUUGCGCCCCUAUACCAUCGGAGACGCUGGCUUUUGAACUUUACAUCGAUAACAGUCCGGAUGGUUCUUUUCCUCUUUGGCCCGGAGGACACAACGUCCACUAUUUCCAAAAACAAUUUGAAAUAUGGACUCGUCAGACCACAGAACACUUUUCCACUUUGCAUCAGUCCAUCUUAGAUAAGCUUGGGCCCAGAGAAGCUGGCAGCGUUUCUGGAUGUUGUUGAUAAAUGGCUUUAGCUUUGCAUAGUAGAGUUUUAACUUGCACUUACAGAUGUAGCGACAAACUGUAUUUACUGACAGUGGUUUUCUAAAGUGUUCCUGAGCCCAUGUGGUGAUAUUCUUUACACAUUGAUGUUGGUUUUUGAUACAGUGCCGUCUGAGAGAUCGAAGGUCAGGGGCAUUCAAUGUUGGUUUCUGGCCGUGCUGCUUACGCGCAGUGAUUUCUCCAGAUUCUCUGAACCUUUUGAUGAUAUUAUGGACAGUAUAUGUUGAAAUCCCUAAAUUCCUUGCAAUUGUACUUUGAGAAACGUUGUUCUUAAACUGUUCGACUAUUUGCUCACGCAGUUGUUCACAAAGUGGUGAACCUCGCCCCAUCCUUGCUUGUGAAUGACUGAGAAUUUUUGGGGAAGCUGCUUUUAUACCCAAUCAUGGCAACUAACUGUUCCCAAUUAGCCUGCUCAUCUGUGGGAUGUUCCAAAUAUGUGUUUGAUGAGCAUUCCUCGAGUUUCUCAGUAUUUUUUGCCAUCUUUCCAAACUUCUUUGUCACGUGUUGCAGUCAUGAAAUUCUGAGUUAAUUGUUAUUUGCAUAAAAAAAAAGUUUAUGAGUUUGAACAUUAAAUAUCUUGUCUUUGUAGUGUAUUCAAAUGAAUAUAGGUUGAAAAGGAUUUGCAAAUCAUUGUAUUCUGUUUUUAUUUACGUUAAUCACAAUUUCCCAACUUCAAUGGAAUUGGGUUUUGUACAAUGCUAUAUCAUGUAAAACCAAUGCUGUGGAGUUUCAGAUAGUUGUUGGAUGUCUUGUGUCAUUGGUUCCACAUCUAAAAAAAAUAUAUAUAUCAUUUUUGAUUAAUUUAUAUCUUGUAUGUACAUUAAAACUUGUCAGGAUGCUAAUAAAGAUGGGUGUUUUUACUCAAAAGUACAGUGUGUAAAAGUGGAAAUAUUAGAUCAAUAAAAGCAGUUAGAUUCUAGACCGAAAUACUACUCUGCUCACCUUUACCAUUGUUGAAGCAAAAGUGGCCUCCGAGAACAAAAUGAGACUGUUAUCCAUAAUAAGUAUGGUCCUUAAUUAUCAUAUUGUACAAGAAAACUAUCAGUACAAAUAUCUUUUAACCACAACAAGCACUGUCUUUGUCUUCCAACAAGUGCAUUUCAAAUUUUAGGUCUAGUGACUUGUACUUUUCAUUGUAUCUUAUUUUUCCCUUAUUGAUUUCCCUAUAAAUCACACUCCACAAUAAAACACAUGGCCUUUUAAACCCCAUUUGUGUUAAGCCAUCCUCUUAGAUUUUUGCUUCUAUUACCAAUUUUAAAAAAGGCCACCAUGUCGAACAAGUUUAGAGAGCCACAGCCAUUAGUGUGGAAGACAUAAGUUGGAUGAAUAUAAUCUUUAAUAGACAUUGACGAGGUUGGUUGAAGGUUCAGUUCUAGUUGGUGCUACAAAUGUCCAUGCUUCUAAAUGAUGCCAGUGCUGAGACUCAUAAUUACUUGGGGUAACAGAAACAGAAGAGGAUUAGUUAGUACCUUUCAUGUCUGUCGACAGAUAGGGCAUUGUCUAUUGCUCACUCAUUGAGAGGCUUGUUUUCUAGGGUUUAAGCAUAGAAAUUUUAGGUCUUUUUAUAUCAAAAAGGAAGAGGUAGACUAUCUGAUCUAGACAAAAGAGAUGUUCUUUAAAUUCUAUCAAGUUUAAGCUAACCGCAGGCUCUUGAUGUUACAAUUUUCUUCAUGAUAAACCAUUUCCUUCCAAACCUGAGUUUCUCUGACAGCUUAACUACAACGUCUCUCAGUCAAGCUCCUAAACUGAAACUCCUGACUCACAAGUAAAGCUGCAACUGAAUUUAGAAGUUACUGGGCAUAUUUUAUUGGCAGAAUAAACAAGUUCUCCACUGGCUAUGGACAUAUCUGUGUUAGUCUCCAUGGUACCACCAACCUUAGUGAUAACCAUGGACACAUCAACUGCUAAAUUCACCAGUCAGGUUGCACAAAUUUCCACUUUAUUAUCUACCUCACUGUAACCCUUUUGUCAUCUGCCUUUCCCUCAUGGUUGUGCACUAAAUGGAAUGUUCAUACCAAGUCAAGCAUUGGGAGAGCACAGGUUUGCCCAAAAAGGACAAAAGAAUGGUGGUUAGUUGUGGGCUUUACCUGUUGAGGCUCUCCUUAAGACCAAGUUAUGGUUCUCUUCAUCAACAUUGCUUAGAACUUCUCAGGGGGGUCCAGAGUGACAUUAGUUUUUCUUCUUAUUUAGUGCACAUAUCACAUAUCCUAACCAGCUUGGAAGACCAGUUCCACUUAAUGGUUAGGAAAAGAGUUGUGUGUGCUGCAAUGUUCAAUAUCUGUAACUUUAAGGAUCAUCCUCCAAAAAGUUGUUGUCCAUAACUAGGUAUUUUUUAAGAAUUACUUUUUUUUUUAGAAAUUCAGAGAAACAAGCAGUUCUUAGCGUUGCUUCAGUGUAGAUUCUUUAAGCGGAAAGGACUAUUCCACUGCAGCUGUGUUUUCUCCUAAUUUAUGGUGCCAUUUCUCCACCUGGUGGCACCAAAGGCCUUUAUAUUGUGAUCUGAAGGGCAGAAAGCCUACAGAAAAGGGCAGUAAAGGUUAAAUGGCAUGUCUCUUUAUUAUAAGCUUAAAAGCAUUUUCAGAGUGUAACAUUUGUUAUACUUUUACAUAGUUAUUUUGAACAGGGAGAAGCCUUUUUUUCACUCAAAUACCUCUCUUUACCCUCAUACUUAAGCAACAUGUUAGUUUUGUCAAAGGAAUUGGCAUUUAAAAUGUUCUGAUGCACUUCAUUAAAACAAUGCAUGAAUCGAUAAAGUACAAGUCUUCUCCUCUAAUGCAUAUGAGCAUAUAGCCCAUAGGCUGACCUGUGAAAUUUGGGUAUUAUUGUCUACUAAAUAAAAACAAAACUAAUCAUGAAAAACUACAAAUUGUUUGAUAUCUGCAUACAUAGAAGCAUCAAUGAAAUAAAAAAAAAAAACUAGAUAAACAAAGAUAAAGGUAAGAAAAUAAAAAUUGCAAUCAACAGUAUCUAAUUUUGAGAUAAUCUCAGGACCCUUAACAUGCCAAAGAGCUCUUCGAUCUGCGAUAAUAAGACUUAAGGUAUACAAUAACCUAAAAAUGCAAUUUGAUAUUUUUUGAUCUGUAGUUAUUUGGGAACAUUUCCAUGUCAAUAUAUCCCUGUAAAACACCUUUUCAAUUCUUACGCUGUUUUCACCACUUACGAUAGGCGAUAUUGUGCACCUGCGCUGAAGUCCUCCAGGGCACCUUGCCUUGUGAUUCAUUAGCCGCGGUGUCAAAAUAAAAGCACAACAUUUUUGUAGCUGAUAAGUGAAGAUAAUUUUGCAAAAUGAAAAACGUCAAGUAUCAUAUUAUUAAAAAAAUGCACAUUCUUCACUAUUUGUUAUAUGUUUGUGAAGAUAAAUUGUCGUACGUCUGAGUGUACAAUAAAAUAGGGAUUUAUUUUGAAAUUCUAAGCAGAGGACUCUAUGAGUGUGGUUGUGUGUGCGUUGCUUGAUGAGAAAUGGUAUCACGCUGCUGAACUCACUUCACCAAAUUCGCCGUCCAAUAGAACGAAUGGUGACCUAACAGAGAUGGCAAAGACGGGUAGGCUAACCUCCAUCAAGUUACUUUGAAAUGUUCUGAAUGACACCCAUGAAUUUCUUUUGAACUUUUCCAGUCCUUGGGUGUGGUAGUGGUGGCACUCCUUAAAAAUAAACUGAAGAAACGAGCAUGGUUUCUGAACAGUAUUAGCCGUAUCUUUGUGAUUAUGACUGGUAUUACAUUCGUAUGUGUUUAAAAUAAAUCAAUGAUGAUAAUUCUUGAACUUACACGCCUUUUCCCUUAUGGCUUAAGUCUAUGUUUGGAUAGUUGAAAUGAUAUUUGAAAUGCAGAUUGUCACCUCUGCAGGUUGGUGUCUCGGUCGGUGUGUGGGGCACUUUGAAUGGCCUUGUUGCUGAAAUGUGCAUCUGCAGUCCAAAUAACCAGCACUGUAGUUAUGUGUUUAACAGCUAAUGAUUGAUAUGGAACAUUCUGCUGCGGCUUUGACCUGGGCCACGUGUCUUUGAUCAAUACAUCAUGGGCAACACUGACGAAUAUCACAUGUUAAAUCACUGCCAUGGUUAUUGUGAUUAUUUUUUUUCUUGGAGAAUAAAGUUGUCCCUCUUUUAAUUCUUCCUUUGCAGGAAUAUGCCUUGCUAGCCUGGAGGAUCCAAAGGCCUUGAUGAAGAUGGGCUUGAGCAUGGUCCUCAUUGGUCAUGUUAACUUCCUGUUGGGAGCACUGGUGCAUGGGGUGGUGCUCAGACACAUCAACCUUCACAAGCAGGCCCGAGCUAUGGAAUAUGCUAUCUCAAAUGUGUUUGCUCUCACUUCAGGGCUUGUGGUGAGUGCAUGCAUAACUAUAUGAGAUUGAUAUUCCACAGAAGUUUCACAUUAUCAGGUUGUGAUUUUAUGAAAUGAUCUCUGUUAAUAAGAGGGAGGCACAGGCAACAAAACAAGCAAGAACCAAACCAUAGUGGAACAGCACUUGUAUUUCAAGGGCUUUUUCCAGAUUAAAGAUACAAACCAGUAAACAGAUCAGGGUUGAACCACAAGCUGUAAAUGCAGAUAUCUGAAGAGAGCCUCAACAUAUUUUAAGGCAUUAUAGAAAGACUCAACACAAAUACUUUUAUAACAAAGGGGUAAUGGUGUGGGGGUUUUUUUUCUUUCAAGCUUUUUGUAAAAAAACAAAUUGAGUACUUUCCAAAAUGUGCUAUAAUAUUGGAAAGUAAUUUCCUUACACAGCAAGCCUAACCAAUUGUUUUUGCUUAAAAACACAAAUCACAAUUAAGUCUGGCACUUUAUAUCAUACUUUCUGUGAGUAUGAUUGCCAAGUAGGAAAGAGCUACAAAAGUAUUGUCUAAAGUAUUAAUUUCCCCACCUCCCCCCAAUAUGUAUUGACAAGUUAAACUAAUUCUACGGUGCUGCGAAGUCAGAGGGCCAUUCUGUCAUCAUUCUUUUUUAAAGCUUUUUUAAAAAGCACACUUAAAAGCAAACAACACAUUUAAAGGCAUAUUUAAAAUGCUUGUUGUGACAGCAUGGCUGUGGUGCUGAGGGAAAAAAAAACUUCUGACCUUUCACUGCAUCGUUCAUUUGACUGUUUUCUUAGUGGCUUUAACUUGACAAGACUUUGAACUUGGUUCAAACUAGACGUGUUGUCUCUGACUAAACAGAUCAUAACGAUGAUGAUGAUGAUGACAAGGGCCUUUUUCAUAUUUUGGUUAUGUAUGAAACUAGUAAUUGAUAAGGGUUUUUGAGGAAGAACAUAAAUAUUCCUUAAACACAACCUUUUUUUGUCUCUUCUUUUCUCUCUAUGCAGGGAGUUGUUGCUGGUAUUCUGGCUAUUAUCCUGUCCAAAAACAAGAGAAGUAGAGGCUUGGUUUGUAUUGCUUUUGUUUCUGGGGAAUUAUUAUAUUUGCUAUAACUUUGGAAAGUACUGAAUCAUUUCAAAAGAAGAACAAAGAUGUAUGCACAGACAUCUACUUUGCUCAUCACUUUAAAGAUGAACUUGUGUCCUCUUCUGAUCCUUCUACCUGUGCUCAAACUUCUUCUCUUAUAUAUUUCGCAAUUUCUUCACAGAUAGUUAUCAGCAUUGUUUCUGUUGUCUCGCAGGAAAAUUGCCCCUUUAAACUUCUCAGUUUUUCCCCAGAUGAAUGUGGUUCUGCAAUGCUAGUUUUUUUUUUUUUUUUUUGCACUCUCCUUUCACUCAUCUCUGUUUACUCAAUCAGCUGUCAGGCCGCUCAGACAGGACUGACAAGGCGGUUAGCGCACAUUAUGAGUAAGCCUAGUCAAAGCCACUGGGCCCUACCACUCCUAUUCCUCUGUAGUCAGUGAGAGCAGCUGUUGCAACCAGUAGUUUCACUAUUUAUUUAUCUGUUUACCUUUGCAGUCUUCUUGGCAUCGCAAAAGAUAGAUAAUAUGUAAUGUUUAUGGUCAAUUCUUCUUUUCAGUCCUUUAUCAAAUAUAAAGUCCGGACUAGCUUCUUGUUUACUCGCAAAUUUCAGAAAGAGAAAUUCUAUCUGUUUAGCCUCCUACAGAUUCACUUACCGAGGGGUUGACUAGUAUUUCUGCAAGUGACAUGUUUAUAGCUGCUGUAUAUAGUUGUUAGCAUUAGUUUAUAAUACUGAAGCUUCUUACUGGGAGUUUGUAUAUAUCUGAAGUUAUUAGUCCCUUAUUUUUCACAUAUGGCUUCAGACAACAAAAUCACUAUCAUUUUUUUCCAUCCUUUAAUACCUGGACAUCCCUGUCAUGUCGACAUUAAGCCCGUUUGUUUGGAGCGUUGUCGGGUCGGUAGAAAAACAGCCAGAAUAAGUUCACAAUUGAAAAUGUUUUUCCAAAAAACAAAAAUCUUCCCAAAUGCACCAACAAACAUCGUGACACAUUGUUGGCAUUCCUGAUCAAUGCAGCUAUCACUCUCUAGCAUCCUUGUGUGACUAGCCUUCUUCACUCAAUCACACAUUGAAUCAAAACAGUACACUCAUCACACCCAGGGCAAGCUUUGGCUUAGUUUUUUUUUUUAAUGUUAGCUAAGUCCUGAAACAUCUUGACAAUCAAAAAGGAGGUAAAUUAGUUUGUCUGAGGCUGUUGUGAAUGGUGGAUUGGGAUACAUUACAUGCGUGGGUGGUUAAACCAGCAUGACAGUGCAUGAGGAUUUAGGUAAGAACUAAAGUACAGUGGGCAUUCACUGAGGUGAAUGAACUUGUCAGCUAGUGCAAUGGUGUGGCUGACUGAUACGCUGAAAACGUUUUUUGGACAACAGUAAAGCUCUAAAACACAACAUAGGUCAGGCAAUAAAUACAGAGACGGUUGUUGCAAAUAGGAUUAGCAGCGCUUCAUUGAGGGAUUAUUUUCAGUAUCAAUAAAUGUACAAAUGAUUUAUGUGAUUCAUUACUACAGUGGUCUAUUCAAUACAAAAUAGAGUCAAAAAAAGCUGUUAGCAUAAAGCAUUGAAGACCCAUGUAGAUGUUGAAAGAUCAACCAAGAGAAGAAUUCUCCAAAUGUUAGUAAUUGGUGUUUUUUGUUUUGUUUUGUUUGUUUGUGUUUGAAAAGACUGCCAAUACUUGAUAACAGUAAGAAACAGUGGGUGAUAAAGUCAGCCUUACCCUUUUUUUAAACCUUACUGUAACCUAUUUCUAUGGUGCUGUAAGCUUUGACAUGUGUACAGACUUGAAAACAUGACAUUAUUAGUGUAAUUUUCAAGACAGUAGAGACAGCAGGCAUAGCAGACAUUGCUAUAUUGUUUUCCUGAGAGUAUUACCUGAUAACAAGUAGACUGAUAGUCAUUUAUAAAACUCUGAAGCUUGCUCACAACCCCGCCUGUCUAUGUCCAGAAACAUGCUGUGUCAGUUCUGAGAUUUUAUAUUGGUUGAAAACAUUUUUAAAUGAACAGUUUUUCAGUUUUUGAGCUCGAAGUACACAUCUUGAAUCUUUUCAUUUGGUCUGUUGUGUUUGCUUUGCCUCUAUUUAUAAACCUUUUGUAUUUUUGCUGUCAGAUAUCAACUUUCUAAUGCUGAUGACCCAGUUUCUAAACUGGGAACAUUGAAGGCUUCUACCAAUCAGCCAUGGCUUUUUUGAUCUCUGAGUGUUUUCUUGUACUUUCUUCUGCUUUGUUGACAGAUGUGGUCACUUUUUGCAGUCAGUUUGGCUGCAGCUCUAAUGGCAGCAGCAUCAGCCAUCGGACUCUUUGUGUCUGUGGUGAGGGCCAUUAUUCACGGUGGGAGGAGCCUCCUGACUCACUGCCGCUUCCCUGAUGCCAUUGGCUACUCCAGUAUCACCAACGAGUGUCCCUUUGACCCAACACGCAUCUAUGUGAGUGUUUAAGUGUGUGAUAAAGAUACUAACAUGAGGGCACAGACACCGAUUAUUUUCUGAAGAUUAAUGUUGUUCGCUGCAGUUCACCUCACUUACACUUAGUAUCAUGUAACUCAUUCAACACUUAAUCCAGUGCUGUGAAUCAGAAAUCAGAUCUUGGCAGUCACUAACUGAAACAGUGCUGAAAUUCAUUGUUUCAGGUUCCUUAGAGAUGCAUCAUCUUUAAUUUGUGAUAAAAAUAGUACAAUAUCAAGCCUUCCUUCUAGAGUACUUAGCCAGGUGCUGAACUGUUUAUUGCUCCUGAUGCCAUGCCUCUGGUGUGUGACUUUGUGUGAAUGAGAUUGUUUAUUUCUCUGCAGUCAAAACAUUGAUUAAAACCUUUUGCUGGCAAAAAAAGUACUGUGUAGGUUCAGCCUACCUACCAUUUGGUGAUUUUCUAUGCUUGAUUAAUAAUGUGUGCAUGUUACAUCAGUGAUUAAUCUGAAGAUCAAAGUAAUAGGGUGACAAAUGCGAUUAUCAUUUUUAAAUACUAUUGUGGUCCUGAUCUCACAGCUUCAGCAGUGAUUCCUUUAAAACAUAAUUACCCGCUAGAAUAAAAGGUGGAUCAUCAGAUGACAGGGUAAGUCAAACUAAUGCAGUGAACUUCCCUUUAGGGAUCAAUUUAAUUCUUAUCUUAUCUUAACCUGGAAAACUUGGAAAACCUGGAAUAACCUGGAAAAACCUAUAUAUGUAAUAUGGGUAAACAUAAUAUGGUUUGUAUGCUAAAAUAUUGUCUUAACUCCUAAAUUACGUGUAAAAGUGAGACUGAGGUGAUAAAUGGUAACAAGUGGAUCAUAACUGUGUAAUGCUUUUUUUCAGGACUUAAAUAAGAGAUUCUAGCCUGUCUUGACAAGUCUGUUGGAACUCAACAUUUUCUGUAUUUCUUAGGUGUUGCCUUUUAAAUACUCUGUGAAUGCCAACACAUUACAUAUACAUACUCAUCCAUAACAUCCAACAACAAGAGCCUUUGACUUUGAGUCCUAAAACUCCUCUGUCAUGCUCGGAUAUUGUUAUUGUAUCAUGUAAUUGAUUGUUUUGAGGUUAAUAAUGAAAUAAACAAACCUCAAAAAAGAAGUCAUAACAUAUUAUUUAGUCUGAAACGUGGUUCCAACUUAUUAUACAGUUAUAUAACUUGUUUCAAUUUACUGAGACUGCAAACCGUUCCUUUCACUAAAAAGUGCCUGUUUACAAGGGACCUGCAGUAUGGCUGGUGGAGGGUGCGACCACUGCUUGAGAAGACCAACUUGGACUUUGUGUUUCUAAAAUUCAUAGUUAUCAGAAAGUGCAUUUUUUAUUGUUUGUGCUUCUUUCAGGUUUAAUCAUUAAGAGUCAAGAAAGAUCAAAAUCUCAAACUAAAAAUGUCAUUCUUUUAGCAGCAUGCCUGACCAAAGGCAGCUCCUUUUUUAUCUUCCUUUGUGCACUCUUCCUUUAAUACUGUCUGUUCUGCAUGUUUUAUUCACAGUACUGACUCUUCUAUGCUGACUGAAAUUCCCAAACCCACUGCAGUGUUGUUGCAGCACGCUAUAGUCAGUUGAGAAAAUCAAGGUUCUUUAUCACAUCAUUAGCCUCUUUAGAUAAAGCUGCUUGUAACCUCAAAUUGUAUUGUUUAUAGUGCAGCUGGUGGUUGCCACUAAUGCCUCUCCUCUAUCCCUCCCUAGGGUACCACUCUGAUCCUAUGGGUGCCUCUGAUCGUGACUUGUGUAAUCCAAAUGGUGUUUUCAGCCCGCUCCUUUGCUGCUUGUCUUUCAUUUUUGGGUCUUUGCAAAAGGAAAAAAACUGGAGACUAUGGCAGAGCGGUAAGAAAUCUUGAUUUAGCUGAUCCUUGAUGAAUAAUGUAAUUCUAAUGAAGCCGGAUAAAAAUAACCAUUGGAUAUCAUGUCUGUUUAGCAGAUCAAUGUAGUAAGGCCAAUGGAAGAAGCUCCCCUCUCUCACUAUACUGAACCUCCGAGAAGCUACAAUGAACCUCCAAUUCGCUAUACUAAACCCCUAGGACAAUAUCCUGAAUCUCCAAGGCGGAGUACUGCACCUCCAAGACGGAAGCAAAGACCACCUCAGCCUCCCCAGCAUCCUCCCCGUCAUCAUCAGAGUCUCUCCCCAUCAGAGAGGAAGCCUCCUCACAAGCAGCACAGCACACCAGAGCAACACCAGCUGCUGGAAAGGGGUACACUAGAAAGGUCCAGCUUCUGGAUUUAGCUGUUUCUAGUAUUCCAGGUUUCUGAAAGACUAAAUGGUACUGUGGUUUUAGCUGCAGCUAUUAGACUUGAACACCAUAGCACAACCGUGAUUUUAAGUCAGCACCUUUAAAGUAUGAACUCAAAGCUGGAGACAACUUAUUAAGAUGUGCAAUAGCCUGGGAAACUGUCUGACAGUGUGAAGUUUCAGAGUCUUAGUUCAUUUGCACAGUGUAUAGGAUCCCUGUCAUGUGAGUGUGUAUUGUCUUGUAUUUUUGCACUUGUGAAGGUCAAACAGUCCUGAUGUCUUUAUGAGAGGUAAUGAUGAGAGGUAAAGUUGACCAUCUGGCUGAAGCUCUGUAUUUUAGCCAAAGACACAGGUUAACAAGGGAGGAAGCAUAAAAGCUUCUACUCCAUAUUUUUGACCUUUUAUAUUCACUUUAUAGAUAUAAUAAAGGCAAAACCUCAAGAAGUAAACCAAGAUACUCUAGUGUAGAACAAAAUAGUUCAUAGAAUGAAUGUGGGAGUACUUUUAAAUGUAAUUUUCUUGCAGAGUCUUGAUCCUCUGCCUUUUGUUGCCCAUGUGAGACAUUAACAAGCAAAUAUGUUCACAUUCUUUUGACGUCAAGUGACGGCUUCUUGACAAACUACUGCUGCAAGUUUUGUAUUCAUUUUUUAAAUGAAGUUUUUAGUCAUUAAACUGCUGAGACAAAUGCACAGAGGCAUUAUUGUUAUACAGAGGAUUUUUCUGAUGUGGUUUCGAUUCCCUACGUACUACAGCUUGACGAGAUUGAGGACAAAUUAUAGAUCAAAACGUGGUUUGAUCAGGACUGGUGUGCUGUUACUUUUAUCUUUUUUUUUUAAUGUAAAUUUUUUUGUGAAAAAACUUUUUGCGUUGAGGUCAAUAGCAUAAGUAAAAAAAAAAAGGAGCAGUUAUUGAAGUUUUUUAAACAUCUACCAGCUCGGCAUACUUUCACCUACAGACUCCAUUUAAACUUUAAAAUGUAGACACAAGUCUUGUCUAUCGGUGUGUUAAUCCACUUUUGGUAGGUAUUGUACAUGUACUGUGCAAUGACCAUGAUCACUUUUGGAUAAAUCUUGAGAUUAUAAUGGGUGUGUAUUGUGUGGAAUCUUCGUGAUAGAGUGGGUGACAUCAUUGGCCAGAGAGAGAGAAGUUGCAUAAAAUUGUCUGAAACUUGACUCUUUCCACGCUCCUUCUGGCCAGAAAUAACACUCUACACUCAUGUUUUUUCCACAGUCGUCGACACAUUUGUUCUGUUUCUAACAAUGUGUUCAACUGAGAAGACAGACUGACAGAUUUUAAAUACUGAGCCUCUUAGUGCCGUAAUGUCUCCCUCUGCUCCUCAAUGACACUAAUACAAAGAUUUCGUCAGAGAGAAGCAGAAGGGACUCCUCUCUAUAAUGUGCAAGUUUGUCCAGUCUACUUACUGUAGAAACACCAAAAUCAUAUCAAAGCAUUCAGAAAGUCCUUAUGAUGACCACAGUCUGCUUAUAUUUCUGAAAGGAGCUACUGAUUUGUCAGAAUGUGAGACCGACACAGAGGGAAAAAAUUGCUCUUUUUCUGGAUGUUUCAACAUGGGCAACCAGCUUAAGUUGCCGUGGCAACCUGUGAGCCUCAGGCCAUUAACAAUAAAAUGCUGACUCUCAAUCAAAAUGAUCCUUAUGAGGGCCACAGGGAGAUGCACCGAGGCGCAGGCCCCUACACAAUAGAGAUGCUAUAAACUUUACAGUUUGGAGAUGAAGCCCUGAGGCACUAUUGUUCUACUGUGGGCUUUUUUCUUAUUUCUCUUCAGGACAAAUUUCAAUUACCUACUAGUCCUACAGCUUAAAGAGUUGUAGGACAAAUUAUAUAUCAAAACAUGUGAUUUGAUCAGGAUCAGUGUGCUGUCACCUUUCUCUGUUGUAUAUGAAUUUUUCAUGAUGUAAGUACGAUAAACCUCUGUAAAAUUUUGUAUUUAGGCCCAUGGGACAAGCCAAAAAUUAAGGAGCAGUUAUUGAAGUUUUUCAAUCAUCUUCUCUCCGGCUCGUUUUUUUUUUGUUUUUUUUUUUGUAUAAAUGAAUACUUGAAAAAGUAAUACUUGCUGUAGGUGUGCUCCUUGUAUAUAAUAUCACAAUGCUACUGGUAUUAAUUAUUUGAAAUCUCUGAAGAGUCUCAUCAUGAUGUACCCACCCUGACAGUAGACCCUGUGGCCCUUGAUAAAAUUUCUCAGAGGGAAUUUUCUAGUUACAAUAUGCAGUCAUGUCAGCAGUGACCUGACAGGUCUGACUGGUUGCAGACACACAUGUUGACAUACUCUGUUUAGCACAAGCAACUUCAAACCUUGAAAUGCUCUAUUACUUCAUGUAUUCUUAAUUAACAAUAAAAAAUGAAACUGUGCACAA